UCAGUUACAAAAGCAUUGUGUCGCCAGGCAGUUAGCUGAGUUUAUUAGCUGUUAUCAAACUGUAUCGCCCAGGCGGGAGUCCAGAGUGUUCUUAUAUCUGUUGGUAUAGAUUGAAGGACGAGUUGAACACAUUACCCGACUUGUGGUUUUGUUGUCUUAUUAAACAGUUAAGCUAAGAGUGUGAGAACAGCGCAGCUAGCCGGGUACCAGUGCAGGCUAGUGAAUGUGUUUGUGUUGGUAGCGCCGGGUUAGCUCGAUAGCUAGCUGAGUAGCGAUAAGGCCAGGGGGAGGAAUGAACCAUAAGAGUAAGAAGAGGAUUAAAGAGGCGAAACGGAGCGCCAGACCCGAGCUGAAGGAUUCAUUAGACUGGAUAAAACACGGUUAUCAUGAGACUUUCGACUUGUCACACCGUACCGUAAAGGACAACGUAGAGCGGGUGGACACCCUCCAUCUCAGUCCUGAAGAGUUCAUCCGGCGCUUCGAGCGGCCCUACAAGCCUGUCGUCCUGUUGAACUGCCAGGAGAACUGGCCCGCCCGAGAAAAAUGGACUCUGGAGCGCCUCAAACGCAAAUACCGCAACCAGAAGUUCAAGUGUGGGGAGGACAAUGACGGAUACUCGGUGAAGAUGAAGAUGAAGUACUACGUGGAGUACCUGGAGAGCACCAGAGACGACAGCCCGCUCUACAUCUUCGACAGCAGCUAUGGUGAACAUGCCAAACGCAGGAAGCUGCUGGAGGACUACCAGGUGCCCGUCUUCUUCAGGGACGACCUGUUCCAGUUUGCAGGAGAGAAACGCAGACCGCCCUACAGAUGGUUUGUGAUGGGCCCGGCUCGCUCCGGGACCGGCAUCCACAUCGACCCGCUGGGCACCAGCGCCUGGAAUGCCCUGGUUCAGGGUCACAAGAGAUGGUGUCUGUUCCCCACAAACACACCCCGAGAGCUGAUCAAAGUGACCAGAGAGGACGGAGGCAACCAGCAGGAUGAGGCAAUCACCUGGUUCAAUGUGGUUUAUCCCAGAACGCAGCAGCCGAACUGGCCUCCGGAGUUCACACCACUGGAGAUCCUCCAAAAACCCGGGGAGACUGUUUUUGUGCCUGGCGGAUGGUGGCACGUCGUCCUCAACCUGGACACGACAAUCGCCGUCACUCAGAACUUUGCCAGCACGACCAACUUCCCCAUUGUGUGGCACAAAACUGUCCGAGGUCGACCCAAACUCUCCAGGAAGUGGUAUCGUAUUUUGAAGCAGGAGAGGCCUGACCUGGCAGCGUUGGCAGACAAAGUGGACCUGCAGGAGUCAACGGGCAUCGCGUCGGACAGUUCUAGUGACUCUUCAUCAUCAUCGUCCUCCAGCUCGUCGGAGUCCGACUCUGAUGCGGAGUCGGGCUCCGAGGGCGACGCCAUGUCCCACCGCAGGAAGAAGAGAAGGACCUGCGGGAUGACGGCCAACGGAGACACCAGCAGCCAAGAUGACUGCGUCAGCAAGGAGAGGAGCUCAUCGCGGUGACCUCCAGCCUCCAUUCAGCCUCCACCCGGCCCCUCAGCGGUGUGACUCCUGUACUCACAAACAGACCCACAACUCCAGCUGCUUCUAGUCUAGGUUAGGUAAACAUCUGAAUCCCCGAAUGAAGGCCACCCGGCUGCCUUUAGAGACAAGAUGGCUGCCGCUGAGAAGCGAGGUGUAGAUAGAGGAGGAGGAUCCUGUGGGGCGUGGGCCUGCUGGAGACCUGCCACCACUGUGCUUUUCAACACCAAUCAAUAUCUGUUUGUCUCUGUAGCUUCUGUAGUGUGAGGACGUGGAGGGAAACAUGAAGAUGAAUUCUAGCCAAUAAUGGGACUGAGAACUCGUUGUGGGCUCCGAUCUAAUCUUAUGCUGAAAUGGAGCGAUGGGAAUAUUUUCGAGGCUCUUAUUUAAUAGUAAAAAUCAAAUGUAUUGACACAUUUAGCCAUCAGAGGAGAUGAAAACAGGGUUUGGGCUUCUGUAGUUUAACGUGCACCCUAUUUUAAAAGUUCACUGCAGCAGUACAGGUUUUUGUGUUGUAGAUUCUGGUCAGGAUUACCACCACUAACCAACAAAUAUCUAUAAGCAAUAUUAAAGUAACACUUGGGCCUCUAGUUUCACAGCGACAAACUGGUGGUAAUGAACAAUAAAUCCUGACCAGGGUAUCUGCAGGUCUUACAGUCUGAAAAAGCACUGAACUUUUCUUUUUUUUUUUUUAAAGGCCUUACAAGAUUUUAAAAACUCAUAAAUUUUGUGCACAAAAGUCUUACAUAUUUUUCUUUUGCCUUCCAAUGUCAACAAUUUUUUUUAAUUGGUUAAUCCAACCAGCCAUUUUCCGUCGCUUAUCCAGGUCCAGGUCGCUUCGGUUUAAUUAAAUAUAUCACGAGGAAUUGUUGUUUUAUACUGCCGGGAAGUAUUGAGUAAUAUGAUAGUUCUAAGCCAUAUUGUCCCCACUGGUAUUACACCCUACUUUAAUACUUUAGCCAGUCUGACUGUAAAACGGUUCUUAAAUUGCAUUCAAUGUGAUGUUAAAAAAGGUCUUAAAACUUGGUGAAGCUGCAGAAACCUUUCUGAUGUGGGUGUGUUACGGAUACUCUGCAGACUGUCCCCUGUCAGACUGACACUCCCUAUAAUAUCAUACUUGUAAAAAAAAAAAUCAUCAGUUCACAGUUGAGAAGCUACAUCAUCAACAUACUGUAUGUCACUAUAGGACCAGUUACAUCCUAGAUAAUUAAAACACCGAUGAGAUUAGAUGAUUACACUCAUUUUAAAACGUCCCUGAUAUGUUAAGAGCCUCUGUGUGAUUAAACAGGUCUCAUCAUAAAGUAAGUGAACUAGUUCUCCACGCAGAUGUAUAUUUUCACAAGUCAGUUGAUGUUAACAGAUCAGUCUGGUGUUGUUCUGUAUUUUUCUUAUUGUUAUCAAAUACCUUGUUCAGACUCAAACCAGCAGUGUGUCAGUCCGUCCCUCAACACCUUCCCUCCUCCGUCUGUGGCUCUCAGCUCCGAGCCCAUUGGUUCCCACUGGAGACGUAAAUCUCUAAAAACACCUCACUGAUAUAUAGUUUCAUAUUUAAAAAAAGUCUCAGUAAUUUUCCUAAAACAGCUGCUCACUGUAGUUUUCUAUCAAACAGACAGGAGGAAAUAUAUAGAGCAUUUGUCUGGGACUAUUUUCAGCAGCGGAUUAAUUCACAUCUGAUGCUGUAGUGAGUAUUUGUGGCAGCGGGAAGGUGUGUGUUACUACAUGUUUAGUCAAAAAUUAGUUGAGACCAAAAUUUGACUUGUUUACAUGCCUUUUGCCAUAUAAUAUUUUUUACGCCAUAGAAAUGUAUAGUUCCCCUAUAAAUUUAUCAAUUUCAUUUAAUUUGAUGAACCACAGCAAUAAGGCAGAAGCUUAAUCCGGUCAUGGAGAGUAAAAAAAAAAGUCAGAUUUUGUUUGUUGAUACUGUUUUUCCCUCAUACUUUUUCCAAAGGGUUAUGUCAAAGAUUUUAUAUCCAAAAGACAUAAAAUAAAGGAACAACUUCCUGUUCAUCUGUUACAGUUUAUCCAGUCAGCAUGAAAACUUAAAACCUUUUUUUCCAAACAAAAGCUUUUCUGGCGUUCUCUACCUUUGUAGGGCAGAUUGGAGCUCAGCGGCACAGACGAAUAAGAUACAGAAAAAUAUAGAAUAUCACCAGACUUAUUCUUUAACGAAGCCACCUAAGAAACAAAACAGUAAUUAUACACGUUGGAGACCCAUUUCACACAUUUCUCCUCAGAUUUCUGUCAGCAGCCGGAGGUAAAUGUUAGUUUGUCCGGAGGCUGAUGGAUCUGAGUGGUGAACUGAUACCUGAUACUACAACACACUCAUAAUUGUUAAUUAGCUCCAUCUUUUUCAGUCGCGUUGCUGCCAGUUUUGCACAUGCUGCCGUGAAACUAGAGGUCCCGGUCUUCUGUAGGAGUCUGGGGCCUCCGCCGGUGUCGUCGGAUCGGUGUCCAUUAAUGAGCGCUCAAAAUGAAAAGUCCCCACCAAAUGCUAUUUGUGCACAAAUGCCCCCUCUGGUAUGUAUUUUUUAAGAUUGUUAGAAGUUGUUUCGCUCUUGUACCUGCCUUGGAAAUUAAACUUAAUCCAGGAAUUUAAAGUGUCACUUUAGUUAGCCAGCCUUAAGGAAAUUAAACAGUAAAGCCUACACACACAUGGAAAAUCAUUUAAAUGUGUCAGAUGCAGUCGGCGUCUGCUGCGGGUGCGUUUGCACUGUGUGACAUACAGGAGACUGUCGAAAGCAGCUGCUCGGCCUUCGGGAGGAACAAACUGGAUUAAACGGCUUCAGUAGAGUUUGUUGUUCUCAGGUGUCUGCGGGAGUUUCCGCAGCACAGUUGUCAGUGUUUCCGCCACUUCGACGGUCUGCCUGCCUUGUGUCAUAUGCUGCAAAUGAGAUAAUCUGUCACCAUGUGCAGUAGCUAGAAGUUGAGUCGCAUUAGUUUUGUACUUUAACUCCUGGCAGUCGUAAUAAAUGACAGUAGAGGGCGCUACAUUCGCUGCCUUUUAAAUUCCAGUGAAUGGAAAAGAUGAUUCUGGAGUCUGUCGAUGAGUUGGUAUGUUGCAGAGUGUUUUAUUAGCAUUUGUUCAGGUUCUGACUCUUGCGGAAUAAGAGCUGAGCUUUCGGUUGUUGUCAGAGUAGAAGACGUGUCUGGGAUUUACCGUAGAUGAGGCAGAUCCUGCUCGGAGUCGAAUAGGGAUCGCAACUAAUGAAUAUUUUUAUUUUCCAGUUAAAGCUGAAAUAUUAGUCGAUGAAACAAGUAAGAAAUAAUUUCUGCAGCAGUUUUUCGGCAACAGUCGAUUACUUGUUUGAAUCCAUUUUAAGCAAAAAUGGAGGGAAAAAAAUCUCCAGCUUUAAAACUGAAGUAUUUUUUGGUUUUCUUCAACUUCUGUGAUAUUAACCUGAAUAUCUUGGGGUUUUGGACUGUCAGUCGAGGAAAACAAGACGUCAUCUUGGUCUCUGGAAACUUGCGUUGGACAAUUUUCACUGUUGCUGACAUUGUUAAUGAUCAGUGAUACCCUACCGGGAGUACUUCUUCAGAACUUUGUUUUGAUUAUUAUCUUUACUCAUAGCAGUUUGCAAAACUGAUCUUACAAAUGCAGCUGCAGUAGUGAGACAUCAGCCAUGACUUCUGCAGUUGCCAGGGAAGGGGCUCAGAUAAUUUACCCCCCCAAAAAAAAAAAAA